AUGUUAUCAAGUGAGAAUGGGACCUUAUCAGCCUCAUUGACAUGUGGAUCACACCUUCCUUCCUCUGGCGAUUCUGGUAAUGCUGAUUUUCAUCUUGCAAUACUAUAUAUUUGUGUUAUCUCGGGCUGCCCGCAAUACGGGCCAAAAGUUUGCAAUGAUGGAAAUGAAGACAGCAGUAAGCAAAAUAUUGAGAAAUUAUAAAUUGUCAAGCGUAGGAAGGGAAAAUGUCUAUAGUUUUGAGUUGAUUUUGAGAACUGUUGGAGGCAUACACAUUAAAUUGGAUAAUCGAAAAUAACUCUUACCAAUUCUAAUUAAGAAAUGAAAGAAAUCAAUGUGAUUUAGCCAGUGAAUUUUCUGAAAAAUCAAUAUAACAAGUAAAUAAAUAAAAUAAACAUAAAAUAUUACAUUUUUUUUUAAAAAGCAACUUAAAGUAACAAAGUAUUAAUGGUGUAAUACCGACAUUAAAGGUAAUUGCACCCCUGGCUUAGCGGUCAACAUCCAGAACUGAAGGCCAUCCUAAUUAUUCCUAUAAAAUAGUUACAAAUCCACCGCCUUUUAUCAUUUCAAUAUCCUAUCUGAAAUUUGGCGUCAUCACUCGGAGCUGAGUGUCCGAGGUGCGAGGGGCGUCGGAAUGCAGGCGGCCAUGGAAGUCAAGGGCGGCGGGAAGUAAGAACGCCCGGCUUGGGCGCGGCGAACGUCGCAUAAAGGCUGGGGGCGAAAAUUUAAAAAAAAAUCCUCUUGCGUUGUUAAUACUUACAUCAGCGACGAUUUGUUAACAUUAUUGCACUUGAGUGCACGUGCUGUAUAUGAUGACAUACAGAUUGUAUCGAAAACUCAAAAGUUUACCGUGAAAAUUUGAUCAAAUUUUCUCAUUUUCAGUAAAGCUCAAAAGCAAUUUUGUCAAAACAGCUACAAAGUGUUUCUUCAAACUUUUUGUACGAGUAGU